AUGUUUGGCUUCCGUCCUGAGUUCCUUCAAGUAACUUACUUGAUUACGAACCCGCCGAUUCCUGAAGCAUGCCGGGUGGACCCGGGCGCCCAGGGUCGGUUUCGAGUUUCUGCUGCAAAGUGCAGGCCGGACGACAAAGAACCUCAAACGCUCUGCGACACCUUGUUGUUGAACUUGAACUUGGUGCCCUGGAUGGCUCUGCUCCCGAGUCGGGAGACGCAGCGCCAAGCGAAACAGCCCAGAGAGGCACUCUUUUGGGUGACAAUUGUCCCGGACAACCUAGUUCCAUCCACUCCCGUCCUCCAAGUAUUUGACUACGGAGUACUGACUAACUCGUUCCAGGCGAAACAGAGACAACACAAGCUUAUCCCCUCCCUUCUUUUUCGUCUCUCCAUUAUUGAGAUGGUUCGCUUCGCAGAUGGCCUGUAUGGCUCCCGCCAGCUGGGCUCGCCGGUAGGGAAGGCUGACCAGGAGCCAAAAGGAGAUGGGAUAGAGCCAGCCACGAUGCUGGUCAGUGCCAGAGCGAAGGCGAGGGAAAGGAGAGAAGCCGUCGGUUAUCAUUCGGACGGCGAGACCGUGAGAGGAGAGGCUGUUCGAUACCCAUGA